AUGAGGACUUGUAGGACAUCUAUACGCGGCGUCGUCCACAAGGAUCUGGUUUGGUUGAUGGCUGUUAGCCUGUUUGACGAUGUUCGUUGCCCAAGUCUUUACGAGCAUGAGACGCCGACAUCUUUUUCGAUCCAAGACAUCUGCGCUGCGUUAACCGGUCGUCACGAGGGAGUGGAUGUGGAGGGGCUUCGAAAAGAGCUGAUACGGUGGAACGCGGUUGUGAAGCGCUUGCGGCCGAUGGAGAUCGACGAUGUAGAGGUAAUGGGUCGCUUGAAGGUUCUGGACAUCAUGUAUCAGGCAUAUCAGUCAGAGAAGCAGGCUGCCCAAAACACUAUUCGACAGCACGCAAGUCAGAAAGCAGCCCAGCCCGGUGGUGGGGACCGUACUGAUUAUGGACGCAUGACUGAGUUAGCUUCGGAAAUACGAGAGUUGCUUGACAAAGAGGACUUUCAAGCUGAUGCAUCAUUGGCGGCAAAAGCCAGUGAGCUUAUCGCCUCUUGUAAAUCGAGCAUUCAGCCUAAGCCAUUGGAUGUCUGGGCCACCCAGCAUACAGCGGACAACGGAGAGAGCAGUCACGAGGUCGUAGCAAACAGAGAGUUGUUGGUGGCGCAGGUUAAUCACGUUAACGCGACCAAUCAAAUGAUUGCCAUCAGAGACAAUGCGCGCAGACUUGUCUUGCAAAAUGCCUCACGAAUGAACACUGUGCUGCCAUCCGAUCGUAGACAAAUUUGCGGUCUGCUAGAUCUUAAAGAUCCCGUCCAGGGCCUGCCGCCACAAGUCGAAUAUCUAAUCGAGAACGGGAAGACUAUCGAGGCCUUCGUAGUUUCUGAAAACAGGCGUAAUGCCAACAAGAAAUUGGCGUAA